AUGGAGAAGUUUGUUUAUCCAUUGAACCCACCUAAUCGGCUUCGCGACAAUGGCAAGCAGAUGGAGGUUCUGUGUCUCGGCCUCUCACGAAGCGGCACAGAUUCACUACGCUCUGCCCUGAGGAUCCUCGGAUAUAGUGACGUAUACCAUGGGUUCGUCAUUACGUCACCCCAGCGCGAAGACUGCGCAUUCUGGGUUCCCCUAAUGCGUCGGAAGCUCAGAAAUCCCAAUUUCAGAGAGUCAAUUGACUUUGACUCUGUUCUUGGAAACUGUGAAGCAGUCGUUAUCAACCGACGUCGAGAUGUAGAUGACUGGUAUAGCAGUAUGAGGAAGAUGUGUCUCGAGGUGUUUAGCUGGCCUAUGUGGGUGCUUAGCUGGUUUCAUAUGAGUAUCUGCUGGCUUUGGUGGAAUUUUGAACUUAUGAUGAAAGAAUACUAUAGAGGCGACUUUGAAAAGUUCGGCAAAGAAAUGUUCAAAAACCACCAUAAGGAUCCCAAAAGCACAUUAAUUAAGGACGAAAGACCCUUCCUGGAUUGGAGUGUUGAAGAUGGAUGGGAGCCCCUUUGCAAAUUUCUUAAGAGGACGACUCCAAAUAUUCCAUUUCCGAAUGGUAAUAAAGGAAGCGAUCAGUUCCAGGAUAAUAUGCAACAAGCCACGAGAGAUAUCGCAGCAAACGCGUUGCGGAAUGACACUUUGCUUCACGCUGCUUUUGUCGACUAUUCUUGCAUUUAUUCUUGCAAGGAACCUGUAACAUCUUGUUAG